AUGGCCAGGACACAAGGAAGAGGUCCACAUGGUGGUGCCCCACGAGGAACACCCAAUGCCCGUGGCUGUGUCACACGUGGACGCCCCACAGCAAGCGCACGUGCACGCUACAGAGCAGAAGCACAAUUGAGUCGACGCCAUGGUCUCUCACCCCCCACACCACCGGAAGGGAUUAGCCCCCUUUCCGCCUUCUCCUCCACUUCCUCAUCCUCUGCAGCUUCGCCAUUCCACACUAUUCUCCGAGACGAGUUUGGGGUCCUCCUCGAGAUCCCAUCACCCCCAUCCCUAUCAACCCUGUCACCCUUAGCACUCAGUCCACCCGUGAGUACACCUCGACAACAGCGACAUACCCCACCAUCGUUUACACCACGAUCCUCGAUCUCGCGACGACGCAGUGACACACCCAAAAACCGGCGACGAAUCUCGGUUCCCCGGCGACGAGCGGGUAGUGCCCUUGGGCGUCUCACCACUAACAAGAAAACACCACCACGACGCACCAAUUUGCUGGAGGCCUUCAGAGCUGCAGCUGGUACCCCUGCUGGAAGUAGUAGUAGUAUCUCACUAUCAUCACCAGGGAUGAGAUCUUCGUUGGGGAGCAUUGCUCCUCCUUCACGCACGUCCACACCUAGAAGUCGUUCAACCCCUAGAAGUCGUCAAGAAGUCGCAUCCGUACCCCAUCCACACCCACCACCACCUCGAGUCGUGCCUCUUCCCGUGGUAGUGCAAGAGGAACAAGAACAACCACGACCACGAAAAAGUGUGUUGCCCGCAAGAGUCGCGGACGGAACGGAAGCAACACCACCAAGACCAAAUACGUCACCACCCGUCGUGUGUGUGGUCAUGGAACAAAUCAACAGUGUGGACAAGCCCCCUUUGGCAAAUUCAAUCCAGCAUGGAGAUCACUAUGGAUGUGAAGCCUAUAAAUAG